AUGGAAUCAACUUCAACACCUCGCAUCUCCGCGGCCCUUCUGGACUCGUACAUUGGCCAUAACGUCAUAAUUGUUGGCAAGGUAACUGUACUCCGCGGUGACGUCGCAUCCAUCGAGGCCGACGGGCAUAUAGAAGCAAACCUCACCAGAGAUUGCCACCUUAUGGUCGGAAAUGGAGCUCAGAUUAUUGGCAAGGUGAAUUCAGACCUGUCCGUCAAGGUGCUGAACGCCAUAGAUCUCGGCCCUAACGUCGAGCCUUUUCAAACAAUAAUACCGCCGACUAAUCAGUUCUCCCAACUAUCCAUCCAGGAGACACCGCAGUCCUCCCACACUAUUACCCAGUCAUCUACACUUCACGACACUCAGUUCUCUCAGGAACCCCCCCUUGCUACUAGGGAUAUUCAGUACACCCAUUAUACGUAUGAAGAGGCAUCGUCCUCCUUACGACACCAUAAAAGGAACCAACCACCACAGUCUUCUCGUCGUCGACGGAAAACGCCUACAUCUUCUCUUGAUAAAAAUGGACACGAACUGUCACCCCUGGACCCAAUCUCACUACCAGUCCCAACAACAGCUCCAGUCACUGCCCCAAUCACUGUCCCAAUCGCUACCCUUGCCUCAGCCCCAGCCUCAGCGGAGCCACAGUAUUACAUGACAUCGCCAUUUCCCCUGCCCCCUCCCGUUGAGCGACGUGGACGGCUCUUCCGCACUCGCUCGGGAAAUCUAGCGACUGCCGCCGAGAUCCGACGCCGCAGGGAGCUAGAGCAACACGCCGAGGAGCUGCUGGAGAUGAUCCUCGAAGGUUUUGGCGACGAGCACUCUCACACAAUCACAUUUGAUAUGAACGAUUCGGGCCGCUGGCGCAUCGUAAGGCAGGAACAGCCAGAGGUGGAAGUGUAUGAAGAUGCGUAA